GAUACAAGGAGUGUCGUUGGACGGUGCAGUGUCCAUAGUCGAUGCUAUCAUUCCUCCGUUGCCCAUCUAUUUCUAUAUUGAUCUGGACCACAACCGAAACUCUACACUUGGCCGCAAUCCCAACUCUUCCCGCUCUUUCCUACCCACAAUCACCACUCCCUCUAAGCAAAGGCCAUACACUCGAGUCUCAUCCUUUUUGAAUCGAAAUCUUCUGUUCUACUGCAGAAAUAGUUCUGUGCGAUCGCUUUCUCUACACAGUUGCCAACCAUGGCAAGCCCGACAACAACCUCUAUAAACGUUAAUGAUCCCGGCUUGAUUUCACUGGUGAACAAACUUCAAGAUGUUUUUUCGACAGUCGGGGUUCACAACCCCAUUGAUCUGCCACAGAUUGUAGUGGUAGGCUCGCAAUCCAGUGGAAAGAGUUCAGUUCUCGAGAAUAUCGUUGGAAGGGACUUCCUCCCUCGUGGAUCGGGAAUCGUGACUCGGAGACCCCUCAUCCUACAGCUCAUUAACAGACCUUCAAGAAACUCGGUAACGAACGGAGUCAAGGAGGAAAAGCUAGAAACUACGGACAGCGAGGCGAAUGUCGACGAAUACGGCGAGUUCCUCCACAUCCCCGGACAAAAGUUUUACGACUUCAACAAGAUUCGCGAGGAGAUCGUGCGGGAAACUGAACAGAAAGUCGGUCGCAAUGCUGGUAUCUCGCCAGUGCCCAUCAACUUGCGAAUUUACUCGCCCAACGUCCUGACCCUCACACUGGUCGAUCUGCCCGGUCUCACCAAGGUCCCAGUGGGCGACCAGCCCAAGGAUAUUGAACGGCAGAUUAGGGAUAUGGUUCUCAAGUACAUCAGCAAGCCGAACGCGAUCAUCCUGGCCGUCACCUCUGCCAACCAGGAUCUUGCCAACUCGGACGGAUUGAAACUGGCGCGCGAGGUGGACCCCGAGGGUCAGCGCACUAUCGGUGUGCUAACCAAGGUCGAUCUGAUGGACGAGGGUACAGAUGUGGUGGAUAUUCUUGCAGGCAGGAUUAUCCCUUUGCGGCUGGGUUACGUCCCUGUGGUCAACCGUGGCCAGCGUGAUAUUGAGAACAAGCGUCCCAUCUCAUACGCACUAGAGCACGAGAAGAACUUCUUCGAGAGCCACAAGGCUUAUCGGAAUAAGGCUUCGUACUGCGGAACACCGUACCUUGCCAGGAAGCUGAACUUGAUCCUUAUGAUGCACAUCAAGCAGACUUUGCCCGAUAUCAAAGCCAGAAUUUCCGCCUCUCUCCAGAAGUACACAGCCGAGCUCUCCCAGCUUGGCGACUCGAUGCUCGGAAACAGCGCCAAUAUUAUCCUUAACAUCAUCACGGAAUUCAGCAAUGAGUACCGCACGGUUCUGGAGGGAAACAACCAGGAGCUGUCUAGCGUCGAGCUUUCUGGUGGUGCCCGUAUCAGCUUUGUGUUCCACGAACUGUACUCGAACGGUAUCAAGGCCGUGGAUCCAUUCGACCAGGUGAAGGAUAUUGACAUUCGAACAAUCCUUUACAACUCUUCUGGCUCGUCUCCUGCGCUUUUCGUCGGAACGACCGCCUUUGAGUUGAUUGUCAAGCAGCAGAUCAAGAGACUGGAGGAUCCCAGUUUGAAGUGCAUCUCGCUGGUUUACGACGAACUUGUACGCAUUCUGGGUCAGCUUCUGAGCAAGCAGCUCUUCCGGAGAUACCCCAUGCUCAAGGAGAAGUUCCAUGCUGUUGUCAUCAGCUUUUUCAAGAAGUGCAUGGAGCCGACAAACAAGCUUGUCCACGAUUUGAUCUCGAUGGAGGCCUGCUACAUCAACACUGGACACCCCGAUUUCCUCAACGGGCAUCGCGCUAUGACAAUUGUCAAUGAACGCCAGCAAGCGAGCAAGCCUACGCAGGUAGACCCGAAGACGGGCAAGCCUCUGCCUCCUCGUGCAAACAGCCCGUCCGUCGAUGCCGUAGCCGCCACAGAAAACAGUGGUUCUGGAUUUUUCGGCAGUUUCUGGGCAUCCAAGAACAAGAAGAAGAUGGCUGCCAUGGAGCCUCCUCCACCUACCCUCAAGGCAUCUGCCACUCUUUCUGAGCGUGAGGCUACAGAGGUCGAGGUGAUCAAGCUUCUUAUCACCUCUUACUUCAACAUUGUCAAGCGCACCAUGAUCGACAUGGUUCCCAAGGCCAUCAUGUACACCCUCGUUCAGUUCACCAAGGAUGAGAUGCAACGUGAACUGCUCGAGCAGAUGUACCGUAAUAACGAGCUGGACGAAUUGCUCAAGGAAAGCGACUACACCAUUCGCCGACGGAAGGAGUGUCAGCAGAUGGUGGAGAGCCUGAGCCGCGCCAGCGAGAUCGUCAGCCAAGUUCAGUGAUUGUCCAACGACACCCUAGCUUGCCAGUCCCAUUACUCUUGUUGAUUCACUUGCCAUCCCUACUGGAUCUUCCUGGACCUUUUUGGAGCGGAUUCUUGUGUCGGCUUGAGGAGUCAUAUCCUACGUUAUAUUCUCCGCGAGGGCUUUUCAAGGGCUCUAGAGCAGUAUGUCUUCCCAGAUGUCCGGUUGUCAAGAGAUUCUAUACCACGAAUUUGUAUUGCCUAAUGAUUGCUGUGGAUGAUUCGUUUUUCCGUUCUUGGUUUAUUAGAAUUAAGAGAGACGUUUAUGAGUUCAGCAUGAUAUCCUUUCCUUAACCUGUACAUAUCACUGAAUAAAUCCUAUCGCUUGAUUCUAUCAUUUUCUGA